AUUCCCGGUUUUGAUUGGCUAAAUAAAAAGUAUUUGCCUUUACCCUUUGCCCUUGUUUAAAUAUCAGCGGCUGGCGGGAUUUUUUAAUGUAUGUAACGCAUACAAUAUAUUGACAAUUUGUUAAUAUUAAUGGAAAUGUUCGAGUCUGUUAUUUUAUUUUAUUUUUAUAAUAUACAGUUCAUUACAAUUCCGUUGCGUUAAGACUCGUGAGGCGAAGCAGUAAGUAAUGAGUUCACAGAAACAGCCAAAAGAGGGCCGGGUGUUGGAGGUUCGCUUUGUUGGAGAUGAAGAGGUUUUGCAACACAUUGUGGAUAAACAAGAAGGCGUUAAGGGAAAGAAUGCCGUUCAGAUUUUGGUAUCCCUCAAGACUCCUCGGAAGAGUGAGCCCGAGGACUCUGAGGAUGAAGACCAUGAGGUUUGCAAUGAACAGGACUAUGUGGAGGCGCUGGGGACAGCAGCUCAAGAUGCCAGCUGUGGAUCAGGGGGAGGGGAUGUGUUCACAUUCCAAGCUGUGAAGAGAUCAAACAGGAUGGCUCAGCUGGCCUCAGAAUUAGCCAGAACCCCAGGAAAGAGUGUUAAAUUCACCACAGCCGAUUCACCCCCUGAAGAAGUCACCAGUCCAACCAGAGCAAGCAAAAGACAAUCAACCCAAUACAAGACCCCCUCAAAGGGUAAAAAGAAUCAGUUUGUGUCAACCACACCACACAGGCUGAGAAAAAGAUUAUCCGCUCCUAAUCUGAGGUCGGACAGCGACAGCGACUUCUCUCCUUCCAACUCUGAGGAGGAGCUAGAGGCUGAGGAGGAGGCCUCCAAGCUAGUCCCAGAGUCCAAGCCUGCGAGCAAGGCACCAGCUGCAGGGCUCUACAAGACCCCAGUCAAGAAAGCCAAGAAGGUUCCAGAACCCAGCCUGGUAGAGGAGUAUUUUGAAGCGCACAGCAGUUCAAAGGUGUUGACCUCAGACAGAACUCUCCAGAAACUGCAAACCCCACAACUGGACCAGGAUACGCUAUGCAGGCUGCUUGAUGGCACUUCUACUGCGUUUUCUGCAGAACUUAAACAGUUAAACAAGGAACAUGAGAGGCUGUUUCACAAGUGGAUGCUGCAGUUACAAUUGGGCUUCAAUAUAGUGCUGUUCGGCCUGGGCUCUAAGAGGACCUUGCUGGAGAAGUUCCGCACCAGCAUGCUCUUGGGUUCCAUUCAUGUGGUCAUCAACGGCUUUUUCCCCAGCAUCACCAUCAGAUCGAUUUUGAAUUCAAUCACGGAAGAAGUUUUGGAGCAUGAAGGACAUUUCCGUAACCCAUUGGAUCAGAUGGACUUCAUUGUUAAAACACUGAAGGAAGAUCCAGAUCUUCAGCUCUUCCUGCUGAUCCACAAUAUCGACGGGCAGAUGCUGCGAGGAGAUAAAACCCAACAGAUACUGGGACAGCUGGCUGCGAUCCCAAACCUUCACCUCAUAGCCUCCAUUGACCACAUCAACGCACCUCUCUCAUGGGACCAGUUCAAGAUGAGCCAGUUUAACUGGCUGUGGUACGAGACCACCACGUACCAGCCGUACAUCGAGGAGACUUCGUAUGAGAACUCGCUACUCGUCAAGCAGUCUGGAGCCCUGGCGCUCAGCUCGCUGACACACGUCAUGCGCAGUCUGACUCCUAACGCAAGGGGAAUAUUCAGACUGCUGGCAGAAUUUCAGCUUGAAAACAAGGAUAAUCCUUCUUAUACAGGGUUAUCUUUCCAAGACUUUUACCAGCGCUGUCGUGAGGCUUUCCUGGUGAACAGUGACAUCACCCUGAGGACCCAGCUGACAGAGUUCAGGGACCACAAGCUCAUCAGGACCAAGAAGGGUGCAGAUGGUGUUGAGUAUCUGAUCAUACCCAUUGAGACUGGAACUCUCUCGGAUUUCCUGGAAAAGGAAGAUAAAGAAUAAAGGAACGCUGGUGGCCAGUGCUACCUAUCCUAGUAUCAGUGUGCUCAACCCGUUUUAAACUUAGUGCAGCUAUCCAAAGCACAAGGCUAGUAAAUAGUAUCAAACCUUGACAGAAGGUGUAACUAGCACUUGCUAUGAACUAUGACAGUUAUUCAACUGCAACAAAUUAGUAGGGUACUUUAUGUAUCUGUUUAUGUAUGCAUGCAUGCAUGCAUGCAUCCAUCCAUCCAGUGAGGUGUGUUUUCAGAGGUCCUGUUUGAAAGAAUAUUGCAAACUGGCCCCAGUGUGUUUCUUUGCACUGCGUUAUACAACAUGAUGUAUUGCAGCAUUAAGUUGGUGGUUGUUUUACCAUUCAGUAACAUGAUGCCUUAGCAAACCAGUACUUAACAAUUCAGACUUGAUUUUAAUUCUAAUGAAUGAGUUCACUGUAGCUAACUUAUAUUAGUAGCUUUUGCAGAUGUACUCUCCAUCUUGCAAGCAUUGUACAAUGUAUUUUGAUAGCACUUAAAGUUCUAGUACUGUAGUAAUAGUUUUCAAUAGUAGAGCAAUACCCCCCACCUCCAAUCUGGCGAAUGUAUUUGUGUGUACAUUUUGUAUUUGUAAAAACACAAAUAAAUAAAAGCAUUGAAUAUGUAUUUUUAUUCAUUUUCCCAUUCAAGUGUGAAUAACAGUUGAAAUGUAACAGUUAACUCACAACAAUUAAAUAAAAAAGAUAUACAGUAAAAAUUGCUGAUAGAUGAAGCUCAAAUAUACAUACCAGGUGCACAAUAUACUGUACAGAACAAAGUCAGAUCAAAUCUUUUUUUAAUUUUCUUUUUAUUAAACUCUGUUGUACUAAUAUAUAAUAAAACAUAGUAUCAUUCAUAAAUGAAAAACAUUUGCACAUAAUGUAGUUUAUUUAGUGUGUUACCAUUUAACAUCCAUAUUCAAGGAAAAAUAUAUAUUUGUAAAUUACAUGCAGGGCCUUUACUCUAAAUUAAAUUAUCACCUCCAUUAAUACUGUGUGAUUUUAAGAUGUACUUGACUUUUUUUU